AUUUUUUGAACCGUCAUAUCGCAUCAUGGUCGCUACAUAUCCACCCACAUGCAACAAUGCUGACACCUCAGCACAAGCUGUAGUGCUCGAUGCUUCUGACAGCACCUUUUCGCUGUUGUAUUUUGACAGUAUCGGGGUAUUGGGGCCAACCCGCAAUCUCUUGGCCCUUGGGAAGGCUCAAUGGACACAGCUUUACCCCCAAGAUUGGGAAAACAGUGACAAUCUGGACAAGCAUUCUACACCCUUUGAAGUCAUGCCCGUCCUCUAUGUCCAUUCUAAAGAUGGAAGCCAAACUGUAGCUAUAGCAGAGAGCAAGACCAUUGAGCUAUAUCUAGCCAAAAAGUUCAAUUGUCUGGGCAAAAACUCUUACGAAGAAGCAUUGAUCAGCGCCUUCACCUCGUCUACAGCCUCCCUUUUGGAUGAUUUCAUGUCGUCCGUUAUCAACCUCAAGGCUUCUCCUGAAGUCAAACAAGAGCAGGUCAACCACUUUUUAACUGUCAAGAUUCCAAACUGGGUCAGGAUCCAUGAACAGCACUUGAGAGCCAAUCAGUCAAACGGCCAUUAUGUUGGCGACACGAUUACAUUAGCCGACCUAAGAGCUGCCGCACUGAUCGAAGUUAUUCAGAGAUUCCCACAUGCUGCCCAGUGUAUCACCCCAGAAACAGCACCUGGUCUUCUCAAAGUUAAAGAGACUAUCAAUCAUCAUCCAAAGAUCAUAGAAUGGCGCAAUUCUGAGCUCUUUAAGAGCCUACGAUCGUCACGUUUGUCUCCUCAACAGCCCAAAGCCUCCGAAGUCAAGUUAAAUGACCGUGAAGGGAACAAAACUGGUGGGCUCGCAGCAUGAGCUUAAACGCUCAAUAUAUGCUGUAUUAAACCACUGCCACAAGAAAUAGCUAGCAUUUAAACAGCAAAGUAGGCAUAGAUCUAGAAAGCACCCAAGAAUGCGUAUAGUUCGC